AGCAAGCUGAUAGCACACUAGCACCACCUACCGAGCAGCAAUCCGAUCCAUGGCUGCUCCCCGCCGGAUCGUAGAUUAGGUUCGCCUCUUUUCCGGCUGUCGGGCUGCUCGCAAAUCUACUCUCGUGACGUGCUUUCUAGAGUUUCGCACCUCUCCAGGCCCCAAUUCAGGGCUCCUAGUUUGUAACCAAGUGUUCACAUGAGGAAGAUAUGAGACCUGGGUUAAUUAGCCACCUGGCAGCGGUCUGAGCGAUAUAUCCGCCAUGAUCCGCGAUACUAGGCGCUCGAUUCUAGCGCUCGCCACGAUUCUCCUGUCACUCUCGUCUUCCCCUGCGGCGCGCGCGGCGCACGACUCCUCCUCCGCAUGCCCCGGGCUGCCCUCGCCGUUCGACUUCUCCUACCCGGACCGCCUGUGCGGCAAUCUUAAAGAGGUCGCGGUGCGCCUCAAUGACCACAUGCGCGCGCUAAGCCGCGCCACGGGACCCAUCGCUGCUGCUACAACCAAGCCAGCUGCCGCUGACGCGCCUGCCUCUCUUGCGUCCCCUUCCGCUGCCUCACCCUCGGCUGCUGCUCCCUUCCCCUCCCCCUCCACCUCCUCCUCCGCCUCCUCCCCAUCCGACGCCUCUCUACCCGCCUCGUUCCUAGACCCCCUACCCUCCUCCCCUCGCUUCCUCGCCUAUGACUCCGGAAUAGGCGGGUACGGGGACACGAUAACGGGCCUCAUCACCACGUUCAUAACCGCUCUACUGGACGGCCGCGGGUUCGUCGUCAAGCACCCGUGGCUGCUGCAUGCGUUCGAGCCGGCCUCCUUCGACUGGCGGCCCACGCCGGACGUGAAGAUCGACCCGGUGCAGUUCAUCAACAACGAGACACAGCCGGUGGAGGCGGGGAGAGUGCCCAGGAUCGCGCUCACGGCGAUGAAGGUGGAUCCGGAGGUGCUGUUUGGGCGGUUGGAGCGGUAUCCAGUUGUGCGGGUGGCGUGGAACGUGGGCCAUCUGACGUACUUUUUUAAGAACAACGGCACGUGGGGCGGCAGGUUCCGUGCACUGGGACUACGGCCGCCCUACUCCUUUGGGUGUAUACUUAGACUGCUGAUCAGGCCAAAGCCGGAGGUGUGGCAGCUGAUGCGGGAGACGGCGCGCGCGCUGCACAGCGAGCACAGCCUCAGCGUGGGCGUGCACAUCCGCGUGGACGACCACGUCGUGUGGGGCGGGCUGCACGGCUACGGUGCGCCCAUCACGCUCAACGACACGCAGAUUGCGCAGCUCAUGGAGCAGGCCAGGCCCGCCCUGGAGUGUGCUCAGGUGGUGGAGAAUUGGUGGCACCCGUCCUCCAUAAAGUCCCGGUGGCUCGUGGUCACCAACUCGCACCAACUCAAGGGAGCCAUUCAGAAGAGAUACGCUGACAAGGUGGUAGUGACCAACUUUGUGCCCCGCCACGUGAGCAAGAACGAGGACCCCAACGAUAAGAGCGGUGAGGCGAGCGAGGCCAUGGUGCAGGAGACAGUGGCGGAGUGGCUGCUCUUUGCGUCGUGCGACCGCUUUGUGUUCCCCGACUCGGGCUACUCUCGCACCGCUGCCAUGUUCUCCAUGCGCCCUGCCUCCAUGCAUCUAACACGCACCUGCGACCCGGAGCACCCCGUAGAGAUCAGCACGCUGGCGGAAAAGGGCAGCUCCAUAUGAUCUGACGUACUGGAAGCUGCAUCUGAUUGGCGUGUUGCACGCUGCUUGUUCUGCUUCGUGCCCUUUGAGAACUCGGAGAGUAAUUUCCGGGCUGUUUGAUAGGUAAUAAGUGCGUGUUCCUAUGGCCUCUUCCCAGUCCAACCUCUUCCCAGACUUUUGUUCAGCCUAGAAAGAAUAAAUAGAACAAGGGAGAACAGGGGAGGUAUAGCGUUUGGGUUGUACCCACUAAGAACAUACCCUACCUAGCCUAUAAUUUCUACAUAACAAUAUAUGUAUGAGUUGACA